UAUGAUUGAUACAGGAAAAACAAAUAAGUAUUUACACACUCCUUUUGAAAUGUUUUUAAUGGUCAUUAUUACUGCAGUUUCGAAUGGAGUAAUGAUACCUUAAAUCAUUUACACAUACAAAAUUAAGAAUGCACAUACAUUAUUUCUAACUGUGUUAUUGUUUGUGUCCUCAUUCAUGUAUCAUCUGUCUGAAAGUAUAGGAGUUGAGCCAAUCAUUCUUAAAGAAGUAGAUUGGCAUCAACUAGACAAUAUUGCAUCAAUUUGUGGAUUGGUAUACAAAAUGAUCUAAAAUUUAGAUGGAAUUAUUCAAUUACUUAAUGCAAAAUAGUAGAAGAACAAGAAAAUCUAUUUAAUGGAUCAAUUUUAUUAUUGUUGUAAUAAUAUAAGAAUCACAUGCAUGGAAUGUUUGGGCUACUGUCAUUCCAAUCUUAAUAAGUCUAAUAAUGUUUAUAAUCAAAUAAACAUUUUAUCGAAAGAGAGGUUAAAUUGUAAAUAAAGAUUACCUUCAUAAAGGAUUAUUUUAUUUAGUUAUUGGAUUUGUUGCAUUUUAUUUUGGAUUGGAUGAAUAUAAAGAUUAUUUGAGGCUUUGGCAUGGAUUAUGGCAUUUAGCAAUGAAUUAGGCAUAUUUUCAUUUAUACCAAUUAUUCAAUCCUAAAGUAUAUACAUUUUUGGAGUGCUGGGAUUUAAAAUAGUAAUAUGCCAAAGAGUGAU